AUGGAUCAAUCCUGCAAUCGCUUACGCAUCACUGCGGACGGCAACCUAAAGGUGUGUUUGUUUGGUAACUCAGAGGUCUCUCUCAGAGAUGUCUUACGCUCUGGUGCGUCUGAUGAAGAGCUGCUGCAAAUUAUUGGUGCCGCUGUGGGCCGGAAGAAGAAACAGCAUGCAGGCAUGUUCAGUAUCUCUCAGAUGAAGAACAGGCCUAUGAUCCUCAUUGCAGGUACCACAUCUCAGACGUUCCUGCCAAAGCUACAAGACAGCAAGAGGGCUUUCCCCAUCAGUUCCCAGCUUAAAAAUGACACGUUCCUCUCUCCAGCAACAACUCAUCAUUUAGGCAGCAGGAAAGUCUUGAAUAGAGAGGAUUGUUUGUGCCUUUCAGACUCCACUAACUUAACACAGGAAGCCAGUGUUUGCUGCUCUGGAACCUUAGUGAGUGGGGGUACCCAUGUUAAGAUGCAUAUCAACACAGAAAAACCUAACCACAAUGAAGUAGCAUCCCUUCCCUCUGCAGAGAUUGGUAAUUAUCACAUUAGUUGUCACACUAAGACUGAAUGUUUCAGGACACGCACAAAUGUCACAAGCUAUGUUAAUGAAGUCGGUCUCAGGAACGCACAAGCCCGGAGUCCUAAUGUUCUGACGAGCCACGUGCCCAGGACCCCAGGAGCACCUGUUUUUUGCACACUGCUGAUAGAUGCCAAAAUAAAUCAGAGAAACCACCCUGUUAGAUUCUGCCACAGUCAAAAUUCCAGCAAGGACGCCAGUUGUAAAGAGUCUGAGAGCAACCAGACAACAGAUCUCAAAGCUCAGCUGACACAUACAGACGCCCAGGGCCGAGCCGCCAUGGUGGAUGUGGGGGGGAAACUUCCCACAUGUCGAACAGCCAUAGCCUGCGCCACCGUUAGCUUAGGCCCCACCGCCUUCCGCCUGCUUCGAGAUAACCAGCUGGCCAAGGGCGACGCCUUGACUGUGGCGCAGUUGGCUGGCAUCAUGGCUUCGAAGCAGACCUCCACCCUCAUCCCCCUCUGCCACCCUUUACCCUUAGACCACACCUCCGUCACAUUUCACCUCGAUGAGCUUCUUAAUGCCGUCGUCAUCACAGCCACAUGUCGUACCACGGGCAGGACGGGAGUGGAGAUGGAGGCUCUGACCGCCGCUUCUGUAACAGCGCUCACCGUCUACGAUAUGUGUAAGGCGGUGAGCCAUGACAUCAUCAUCACGGAUAUAAAACUGGUCAGUAAGACAGGCGGGAAAAAGGACUUUCAUCGUCAUUCAAAACAGGAAGAAUGAGAUCAAAGACUGCACUAUGGUUUUCCACAAAUUACACUUUGUGCCAUCAAUGAAAAACACAUCCUGUUGGGCAGUUAUCCCUCCUACUCUGAAUCAUUUUGUCUAAUAUGUAAUUUACUGAAGUUUCAUCAAUAUUUUCAGUGUCACUAAUUCCUGUUUUUCCCUCUAGAGGGUGCACAAGUAUUACAUUUAUAGUCCUCCCUGGAGGUUUUUGGGGUGAAGAAGAAACUGAUUGCAGAUGGCACUGAUGAUGUGCUUUUAAAUUUUAAAGAAUUUCAUUUAUGAAACUUGAAAACUGAACAUGAACAAAAGAACAGAGCAGCAAACGUUUCAGUGCAUAUUCCAGUCAGACCCAUACUUGCUUGCUCUUUUUCUUAACUUGCUUUUUAUUGCAGUGACUAACACUACCACUAUGAUUGUUUUAACCUUGCAUUUUUUUUUUUUUUAGAUAAUUAGAAUAUGAAAUGUUAGUUUCGAUGUUUUUCUACCUACCUCUGUAGUGCACUGCAAACUAGAUUUGUACUACAUGAAAAUAGAGGAUGCUAGUAAAAUAAACUUAUCAAAUGACUGAUAACACAAAUAA